UAUGAUUUGUUUGGCAAAUGAAGGUGACGGCGCGAGUGGAGGGAGUGCAUCGAGAUCGAUACGGAAAAGUGUCGUCUGUGAAAUUUUCUGGACGAUAUCGCGUUAAUUCCCUUGGAAAGCUAUUGUGUGUGAAGCAUGAAAACUAUCUAAACAUUGAGUGCUCGAAUUGUCGUUUGCAAACGCGUCGCGAAUAAGCUCACGUACUGAACCAAGCCAACAUGGUGACAACGAAUCUGGUGGUUCCCGUGGUCCUUUGGGGCCCCACAGCCCCGACGCACUGUGUUUCGAGUGUUUUCCUAUCAACGGAUCAGAAAACCUUGGCAACAGGAUGCUAUGACGGCCAGAUAUGCCUGUGGCGAGUUAACCCCGAAACACUACAUAUGACACCACGUUGUUUACUUGUUGGACAUACGGCACCAGUUCUAUGUCUCUCAAGGGCAUCAAUUAUUCAAGAAAACAAUUUUCUAGUAAGUUCAUCAGAGAAUGGAGAAAUGUGCACCUGGGAUCUUGUUGAUGGCAAAUGCAUGGAAAGCGUAAAACUACCACAAGUUCACACCAGUAUCCAAUCCUACCACAUGGCGACAUCCAAUGAUAUCCGCCUAUUUUGCAAUGGAUACUACGCCGAAAUAAUGGUGAUGGAUCCCUUUAGCUUACAAGUAUUAUUCUCAUUGAGUUCGAAAGAAAAGCCUGACUGGAUAUCGGCGUUGCACGUUUUAAGACCAUCGAAAAGCAAACAUGAUGUUGUUUUGGCUAUCACCACAACUGGAGCUGUGAAGGUUUGGACUUUGGUAGGAAACGAGAACAAAAGUUUAGAGCCGAUUUAUGAAACGGAAUCCAAACAGAUUCGAUGCUUGAAUGCAAUCACACUGAAUUGCUGUUUGUAUAACCAACGAACAGUACUUAUAGUUUGCACAAAGUAUUGGCAAAUAUACGACGCAGGAGAUUUUACAGUAUUGUGCAGCGUUAUAUCACCAGCUCGUGAAAGAUGGUUAGGAGGUGAUUUCCUUUCUAACGAUAGAGUAAUUUUGUGGUCAGAUGAAGGGAAAGGAUACUUAUAUAAACUUCCUGCAAACUGCAUUCCUGACAAUAAAGAGUUUCAUUCACCUUCUGUAGUGAGGGACCUGCCGUAUUUGUAUUGUGUACUAUCACAACCAGGAGAAAAGCCUUUGUCUUGUCCACCUGCCAUGAAACUAGUGUCGACACAAAUAUCAGGAAAGAAUGAUUACCACCUGCUGCGAGGCGACUCUGAAGGUUUUGUUACCCUCUGGACAGUUCCUGACAUUUCUACGACUGAAAUAAAGAAAUUGCAAACUCUUCAAAGCACUCCUCAAGUUAUGAAAUCAACCUUAUGUACCAGCUUAGUAGAGGCUUGGUCUAUCAUGAAUCCACCGCCUGUUGGAAUUUUGGAUCAACUUACCCACAUAAGCGACACACCCAUCAAGUUGACGGCUAGCAUAUAUUUACCGCAACAAAGUCGACUCGUGGUUGGACGAGAGGACGGAACGAUUGUUAUUGUCCCGGCGACGCAAACGGUUAUGCUGCAACUGUUGCAUGGGAAUCAUCAGCAAUUUCCUGAUUGGCCUCCACAUCAGGUAUUACCGGGUCACAGAGGAAGAGUCAACUGCCUGCUAUGUCCAUCUUUGGCACAUCCGCGCUAUGAUAAGUCCCAUUUGUUAUCUGGCGGAGUAGAUUUUGCAGUUUGCCUUUGGGAUUUAUACAGUGGCAACUUGUUACAUAGAUUCUGUGUGCAUGCUGGCGAGAUCACCCAACUGUUGGUCCCUCCUAGCAAUUGUAGUUUGCGAAUUCAAAAGUGUAUAUGCUCGGUUGCAUCUGAUCACUCGGUCACUCUUCUUAGCUUACAAGAGCGUAAAUGUGUAACACUUGCCAGUCGCCAUCUAUUUCCUGUUGUUAGUAUCAAAUGGCGGCCAUUGGAUGAUUUCCUGGUUGUAGCAUGUUCUGAUGGUACUGUUUACGUUUGGCAAAUGGAAACUGGACAUUUGGAUAGAGUUUUGCAUGGUAUGCUUGCUGAGGAAGUGUUAUCUGCAUGCGAUGAACAUGGUGGCGAAGAGGCUGGUUCAAGUUCAACAUCAGAAAUGGGCUUGGCAAAUCCUGCCGUUCAUUUCUUCCGAGGGUUGAAGCACAGGAACCUGUCAGCCAUUCGUCAUGCCACUCAGCGUGGAAUUCAUCAAUUGCAACAGUUGCAUCAUCACAAUAACAGCGAGCAUGGUUUCUUGAUGAAAAAUCGUAACAGCCCGUUGUUGAUUCAAGGCUUGCGAACAAAUCCGAAAGAUGCUGAGAGUCACAUUCUUUUCUUUGAUAUUGAGGGUCUUAUUUUCGAGCUCCAUAGCGAGGAGUAUGCUGCAAUGAGCCCGACGACUUUGGAGGCACAGGGAUUGAUUGUUCCACAAGCUGAGAAUCCUUCCACUGCGGAUGCCAGUAAAAAAAUUUCAGAUUUCUUUGGAAAAGUUAAGACGAAAGCUGGUGAUAUGGAGAAAAUACUGAAGGAUAAAGAUAAACAUGGAAUUCUCCAAAAAAUGAAAGAGGGGGCAGAAAAUAUAGAGAAAAAAGUACAGGCAAGAGUUGAAAGUUUAAAGACAGUUGUCGAUAGCAACAAAGAUGCGGGUGACGCUACACCAACCAAGAAAACGCUUGUGUCGAAAAUGGAGGCUACCCAUGUUAUGGAAGUGGCGCAGUUGCUUCUAUCGCUUUUACAUUCCUGGGGAUUGGAUCCUCAUUUGGAUAAAGUCUGCGAAUCACAAUUAGGUCUCCUGAAACCGAUGGUGCCGGUAUCAUUCGGUGUGCUAUCGAAAGCUGGGUAUAUGUCCUUGCUACUACCUACUUGGCAAAAUGACUUUGAUGUCAGUACUUUGGAUCCUGUAUCCCCUGAUCUUGGUUCCAAAUCUACACUUCCACCGGAGCUAAUACGCCAACAGAAGCUGACACAACUGUUCACCUGCAGAUUGCAUUGGGAAUUGAGCACGACUCUGACAUCGAAUCACAUGCUUGCUUUGGUCGCAAUGUCGAAUACACUUAUGUCAAUGCAAUUUGCCUCUUUCAUUCCGGAAGUGGAAAGAGCUAAACGCCACAGCAGGCAGUCGAACAAGAUUGGAUCCGCUUGGACAAACGACGAAGAACAUGAAGAAAUAGUUUCACAGCAACAAGCACAAAUAAAGCAAGGAUGGAGUCUGCUAUCCACACAUCAUUGUCUUCUGUUGCCUGAUAAAAUCGAUGUUCUGGAAUCGAACAGUUUCAAAAGACCACAAGUCGAGAUGAUGGCAAAGAGGUGGCAACAUCAUUGUAUUGAAAUCCGUGAGGCUGCCCAACAGAUUCUCCUCGGAGAACUCACACGAAUGGGUAAAAAUGGACGUAAGCUGUUGGUCGAACAUUGGUCGGAAUACUUGCCAUUGUAUACACACACUGAGCCGAUUGUUCAAACAAAUACAGUUGGGCCCCAAGGUCCGAAUUCUGGUUCGAGUAAUACGUCUAUCGAUCAUCAAGAUGAAGAAUGCGAAGAAGAGGAGGAGGAAAUUAUCCGUAAGCCAUCCAGCCUAGCUGAACUCAAACGGAAACAAUCUACUGCGGUUAUUCUUCUUGGUGUAAUUGGAGCUGAAUUUGGCCAAGAUAUUUCAUUAGAAAGUCCAAACAGUCAGAAGACAGUUGAUCAAAGACGCAAGAGCUCCGUUGUUGAAGGUUUUGGUAUUGCGAACAAUAAUCUGGCACGAUUAACAUCCAUGGCCUUGACACAUCUCUUAUUGGCACCACCUACACCAAAAUUGCCGGCCUAUACACCCCUGCGGCGUGCUGCUAUCGAUCUUAUUGGUCGAGGCUUUAAAGUGUGGGAGCCAUAUUUGGAUGUGAGUAAGGUGUUGUUGGGGCUGCUUGAAAUCUGCUGUGAUUCUGGCAAGUUUGUACCAAGUCUGAACUACAAAUUACCUUUAACGCCACAAGCAGAUGCUUGCCGUACAGCUCGUCAUGCAUUACGUCUGAUUGCUACUGCUAGACCUGCUGCAUUCAUUACGACAAUGGCACGAGAAGUUGCACGAUAUAAUACUUUACAGCAAAAUGCACAGACCAUUAGUGUUCCUCUUACUCAAGCAGUAUUGUACAAAGCGAAGCGAGAAAUCUUGCAAGUUGUUGAGAUGUUGAUAGAUAAAAUGCAAAGUGAGAUGGCGAACUUGCUGGUAGAGGUAAUGGAUAUAACGCUACACUGUAUAGAUUCGAGCGAGCUAAAGAACAAAGGCCUUGGUGAAAUUUCUCCUGCCAUUUGCAAAUUCAAUCAGAUUUCGCACUGCUCGGCGACAAGGCGGAUUGCAGUCGGUGCAAGUAACGGCCAUCUAGCUAUUUACGAGCUGCGGCAGAACAAAUGCCAAAUGAUUCCAGCGCACACUCAUCAGAUAACCGCAUUAGCAUUCAGUCCUGAUGGAAAGUACCUUGUCAGCUAUGCAUGUGGGGAGAACCGGUUAUCUUUUUGGCAAACAAGUACAGGCAUGUUCGGUCUUGGACAAUCACAAACUCGUUGCAUCAAAGGCUAUUCGACGGCACCAAUUCCUGAUGUUGCACGGUUGAAUCCAAUGCGCUUGGCCAAAUUAAUUUGGAUCAACAAUAGGACAGUGACGCUGAUGUUGGCUGAUGGCUCUGAAACUAGAUUCAACGUGUAAAAGGCGACCGAAGAUUGAAAUCUAAUAAAUGUUAUAGAUUCCUAUAUUGCAUCGUUAAAAGAUAUAUUCGUGUUUUAAAUGUUGUAAUAUUGUGGCUGCUAAUUUUUAGCAUAGUCCCUUAAAUUAUACAAAUCCUAAAAAAUUAUUGUUUUCAUGAACUAUACCAAAUGUAUACUGUUUUUGUCUUAUUUAAAUAAAAGUUAUACCAUCAU